AUGUCCGCCGCGGCGGCGCCCUUACCACGGCCCCCGCCGGCCCCUCCCCUGCCGCCUGCCACACCCUUCCACGACGACUCUCUCCACUCCCUCCUCGCCUCCCUCUCCUCCCCCGCAGCUGCCCGCCUCCUCCCCUUUCCUCUCCUCGCUUUCUCCCGCCUCCGCCACCGCCUCCCUGCGUCUUCCCACUUCCUCCUCCGCCCCAUCGCUUCUCUCCUCCACCUCCACCGCCCCCACCUCCGCCUCGGCGCCCAGCUCCAUGGACUCUCCCUCUCCCUCGGCCUCUCUCGCCACCCCGACCUUCUCCCCCGUCUCCUCUCCCUCUACUCCUCCCACCCCUCUCUGCUCCCCUACGCCUCCCGCCUGGCCGCCGAGUCCGCCUACCCCCUCGCCUACAACAUCCUCAUCUCCGCCUGCCUCCGCCACGGCCUCCCGCGCCAGGCCCUCGCCGCCUACCAAGAAAUGGCCAACCACGCCGUGCUCCCGGACGCCUUCACCUACCCUUCCGUCCUCCGCGCCUGCGCCGAGGCCGGGGACCUCGCGCAGGGGCGGGCGGUGCACCUGCACGGCGCGGCGGGCGGGAUGGACGGGCACCUGUUUUUCCAGAACGCGCUGGUCUCCAUGUACGCCAAGUGCGGGGACCUCGUUGCCGCACGCACCGUGUUCGAUGGAAUGCCACACAGGGACGCGGUGUCAUGGAACACGAUCAUCUCCGGGUAUGUGGCGGCUGGCCAAUCGCGGCAGGCCGUAGACCUGUUCCAACGGAUGCGAGCAGACGCCUCGGCGGAGGUGCCACAUUCAGUGACAUGGAACACGAUUGCCGGGGUACACGUCAAGGCGCGCGACCACAGGGCAGCGGUCGAGCUGAUCCGGGAGAUGGUAAACGGCGGCGCGGAGGUGGACUUCGUGACAAUUGUGAUCGGGCUAAACGCUUGCUCACGGAGUGGCUGGCUGAGGCUGGGGAAGGAGAUCCAUGGGCUAGCGAUCCGCGUGCGCUGCGACGCGGUCGAGAGCGUAGGCAACGCGCUCAUCACCAUGUAUGCCAGGUGCAAGCAGAUGGACUCUGCUCGCAAGCUGUUCGAAAUGCUGCUGGGUUGCAAAGGUGUGGUGACAUGGAACACAAUGAUAGCCAGCUUUGCGUUGUCCGAUGAUGCGGAAGAGGCUUCCAAGCUUUUCCGCGAAAUGGUAUGCGGGGGUGUACAGCCUAAUUAUGUUACUGUCGUCACGUAUCUAGCCCUCUGCGCCCGUGUUGCGAAUCUGCAGCAUGGGCAGGAGCUUCACGCCCACAUCGUCAAGCAUGGGUUCAAAGGCUACCGCUUGUUGUGGAACUCUCUUAUUGACAUGUACUCCAAAUCAGGGAGGCUCUUGGUGGCGCAAAAUGUCUUUGAUACCAUGGAUGACCGUGAUAUGAUAUCCUACACUUCGAUGAUAGCAGGGUACGGGAUGCAGGGGAAAGGAUCGGUUGCACUACGGAUCUUUUACCAGAUGGUUGAUAGUGGGAUCAAGCCCGAUCACAUAAGCAUGGUUACUGUACUCACUGCGUGUAGCCACUCUGGACUUGUGACCGAAGGAGAAGAGCUUUUCGAUAAGAUGACCACUUCAUAUGGUAUAAAGCCUCAGAUGGAGCAUUAUUCUUGCAUGGUUGAUUUAUAUGCGCGUUCUGGGCUAAUAGAAAAGGCAGAAGGAAUGCUCAAUGACAGCUCUCUCCCUACAACAUCCACGAUGUGGGCAGCAUUAGUCGGGGCUUGUCACGAGAGAGGCAACAUAAAAGUUGGUGAAAGGGCAGCUAGGAGGCUGUUGGAGAUGAGGACAGAGAAUGCCGGUCACUAUGUUCUUAUUGCUAACAUGUAUGCAGCUGCAGGUUGCUGGGAUGAGCUAGCAACAGUCAGGAAACUGAUGCGUGACUUAGGUGUCACAAAAGCACCUGGGUUGGCAUGGGCUGAUCUUGGUAAUGGGUUCACCCCCUUUUUGGUUGGAGAUAGAUCAAACCCUCUAGCACCAGAGAUCUAUGAGAUUUUGGAUGAACUAUCAGAACAAAUGAGGAAUGUCAGUAAUUGUAGUGAUCUUGACAUAGUAGAGGUACUCAUAGAUCAAAACCAGUAGUCAUAGGAUAGGGCCACUAUGCUCUUUCAUGUAAACCACAGUUCAUGAAUGAACUCGAUAUUGAGAUCGCACA